AAUCAAACGUUUCGUACAAUCACUUCAUUGGAUCCCAAGAUAUGGCGCAACAGAAGAAACAAAUGAUGGCAUCACUCGAGACCACAGAUGACGGCGAAAGAGAUCAGAGAAAAGAGAUUUACGCGAAGAACUCAAUGGACAGAUUCGGUGAUGACAUGUGUGCACUCAUAUUAUCUUAUCUCUCACUUGAAGAUCGUUUUCGUUUGGAAUGUGUGUCCAAACAGUUCCAGAGGACAGUCUUCGGGAGUGUUGUGGACAUCACUCUUAACUAUAGAUUAAUUCGCAAAUUAUUGAAUGAGACGACAAUUAAAACCCAAUUAUUGACCACAAUUGGCAUAAAGUGUCCAAAGAUUCAGACCAUUGACUGUCAAAUGGGCGCCGAAUAUGAAAAACACAUUUCCGAAGUGUUGGCCAUAUUUCGAGACAAUUAUCUUAAUUUGCGUGAAAUUUAUUGCAAUUUAUGGCCAAAUUGUGAGCAAACAAUGCUUACAAUCGGACCACUGGUCACACGAAUCAAUGUUUACGACAAUACUAACGACACUCAAUCACUCACUCAUUGCCACCGAUUGUCUCAUUUAUUUGUCAGUCGUUUGAGUCAAGUCUUCGACACUUCCGGACAACUAAUGGCAAAGAAUUUGAAUAAAUUUGAAUUAUAUUCCUAUUCAGACGAGGAUUACCACCGAUUGUCUGCAUUCGUGGCGCACAACGAGUCACUCAAAUGUCUUAACGUUAAUAAUAACAUACGUGUAUCUGAAGAGUCACUGACCAGACUGUCGGCACAGUUGUCACGAUUAACACAAUUACGGCGAUUGAGACUCGCGUUGAACAUAACCGGCGCUCAAACCUCACUCACCGACUGUUUGCAUGCAAUUGGCGUGAAUUGCAAACAAUUACAGCGAUUGUCACUUCAUUUGUCGCACACCGAUAGCCAUGGAUUCAAUCACAAGACAUUGGAUUCGUUGCGAUUUUGUCACCGAUUAAAACGAUUAGAGUUACGCAUAGCUGCGACCAACGAUGAGAUAUCAUUGGAUCCGUUGAGACACUGCAAGGGAUUAAUGCAUUUAGAGUUGGAUUUACUGAAAAUGACAGCAAAUGUGUUGAAAGAUUUGCACAUAAAGUGUCCGCGACUUCAAUACCUGUUCAUUGAAGGCUCGAAUCACUUCAUAGACACCGACUUUAAGACACAGUUGUCUCACAUCUCAAGACUACCGGCGCUGCAAAUGCUUGUCAUUGACUGCAAUCCAUGCACUGAUCUCUCGUAUAAUGAUUUCAAUGAUCUGUUGUCCAGAAGUCCUAAACUCAAAACUAUUAAAGCAAAUCAAUCUUCAAAU